GUAGCCUGCGUGUAGGCCACCGUCACGAGCCCCUUAAUUUUCAAGGCGGCCGUUUCGAAGCUCCCCUUUUUAUGGGAGCUCUCCCAAAGCUCCUUCUUGUCGCCGUGUCGGGCUUUAAAUUCAGCCGAACAGCCAGACAUUUACCACCACCCUCCCUCAAACCAGCCGAUACGAAGAAAACGUUGUCCUGAUUUUAAGGUAAGUCAGAGAAGAGAAACAAACGAUCGAGAAAUAUUAAGAUGGGAAGCUACACCGAGACGGUGAGGAAGCCCAGGUUUCUGUGCCUCCAUGGAUUCAGAACGAGCGGAGAGAUUAUCAAGAAACAGCUGAACAAGUGGCCCGAUUCCGUGCUCCGAAAGAUCGACCUCGUAUUCGCCGACGCUCCUUUCCCGUCCCAAGGCAAAUCCGAAGUCGAAGGAAUUUUCGAUCCUCCUUAUUACGAGUGGUUCCAAUUCAAUAAGGAAUUUACGGAGUACACGAACUUCGACGAGUGUCUUGCGUAUAUCGAAGAUUUGAUGAUUAAGCAGGGACCAUUUGAUGGUCUCCUCGGUUUUUCUCAGGGGGCGAUACUGUCGGCUGCGCUGCCAGGGCUGCAAGCGCAGGGCGUAGCGCUGACUAAGGUUGCUAAAAUAAAGUUUCUCAUAAUUAUCGGGGGAGCCAAGUUUAGAUCGCCAUCCAUGUCUGACAAAGCAUAUGCGUCUCCUAUUCAGUGCCCCUCCCUCCACUUUCUAGGAGAGACAGAUUACUUGAAGCAAUAUGGAAUGGAACUGUUGGAAUGCUGUGUAGACCCUGUAGUGAUUCAUCAUCCCAAGGGCCAUACAAUACCCAGACUCGAUGAAAAGGCUGCGCAGACCGUGGAGACUGUCCUCGAGAGGAUUCAAAAGAUGUUGUCCGAGGAUGAAGAAGAGUCGUGAAUAUAUUAUAUGCUUAUUCGAGGAGGCUUUGCCGGCAUAAGAAAAUCUACACGCUCUCUAAUGUCUUCGGGGCUAAUUCUGAUUCAUAUACAUGUUUUACCUUCAAAUAAUUGAUUCAUGGUAUACAGGGAAAAGGCCCCCAAAAUUUCAAUUUUUUUCCCUUUUUUUUUUAGGUAAUAACAUUACAAAGUGCGCUAGAUUGUUAGAAAAUAUUGAUACAAAGGUUCAUGUGUGUGAAAUCAUAGCUAUAACAUCUCGCUGAUGUUUUGUUAA